CUCUGCCGCCCCCUUCCAUCCAAAGGUGGAAACGCACACAGACUGCGGCUCCGGAUCCUCCGAGCAUGAAGCCCCGGCUGCAGCAGCCAUAGAGAGCUCGGCACCAGGAAGAGAGCGAUCGCGGGGCCCCAGUGUCAUGACAGGUGAUCUGCGGGGCGGCCGCUGCGUUCGUGCUAGCCGGUGUACGUGUAGCAUGCAGGCGGGACAGGAAAGCCGACAGGUUGCACGGUGUGCAGGGUACAAGGUCGCCAGCUGCUGCCUGUCACUGAAUGAAUGGGAGAGGACAGCAGGCCGACUACAGCUGACCCCGGGCAGAGCUGCAGGCACCAUGAGGAGCAGGAGUAACUCUGGCGUCAGGCUUGAUGGAUAUGCCAGGCUUGUUCAGCAGACCAUCCUGUGCCACCAGAACCCAGUCACUGGACUGCUGCCUGCCAGCAAUGAACAGAAGGAUGCCUGGGUCCGGGACAACGUCUACAGCAUUCUGGCUGUUUGGGGCUUGGGCAUGGCCUACAGGAAAAAUGCUGACCGCGAUGAGGACAAGGCUAAGGCAUACGAAUUAGAGCAGAGUGUCGUGAAGCUGAUGCGUGGUGUCUUACAUUGUAUGCUCAGACAGGUUGAAAAAGUGGAAAAAUUCAAGCAUACACAGAGUACAAACGACUGUCUUCAUGCAAAGUACAAUACGGCUACAUGUAGCACUGUCGUAGGUGAUGAUCAGUGGGGACAUCUGCAAGUUGAUGCUACCUCACUGUUCCUACUGUGUCUGGCGGAGAUGACCGCUUCAGGACUUCGCAUUGUGUUUACCCUGGAUGAAGUGGCCUUUAUACAGAAUCUUGUGUUUUAUAUUGAAGCUGCUUAUAAAGUUGCUGAUUAUGGAAUGUGGGAACGAGGAGACAAAACUAAUCAAGGAAUUCCUGAACUUAAUGCCAGCUCUGUGGGGAUGGCCAAAGCUGCCCUGGAAGCUAUUGAUGAACUGGACCUUUUUGGUGCUCAUGGAGGUCCCAGAUCAGUGAUUCAUGUUCUGCCUGAUGACGUGGAGCAUUGUCAGUCAAUCCUGUGUUCCAUGCUACCAAGAGCUUCCACUUCAAAAGAGAUUGACGCAGGUCUGUUUUCUAUCAUUUCAUACCCAGCAUUUGCAGUGGAAGACAUAAACCUGGUUAAUGUGACCAAAAAUGAAAUCCUCACAAAAUUACAAGGAAGAUAUGGCUGCUGUAGAUUUCUCAGAGAUGGUUACAGAACCCCAAGAGAGGACCCAACUAGGUUACAUUACGACUCAACAGAGCUGAAAUUGUUUGAAAACAUUGAAUGCGAGUGGCCAAUAUUCUGGACGUAUCUAGUCAUUGAUGGUGUUUUUAGGGGAGACCUAGUUCAGGUUCAGGAGUACAGAGAAGCUCUAGAAGGAGUACUGAUCAGAGGGAAAAAUGGGGUUCGCCUUGUGCCAGAAUUAUAUGCUGUCCCACACAACAAGAUAGAAGAGGAGUACCAUAACCCUCAUACAGUUGACCGCGUUCCUAUUGGAAAAUUGCCACAUAUGUGGGGACAAUCCCUGUAUAUUCUUGGAGCUUUACUUGCUGAGGGCUUUUUAGCACCAGGAGAGAUUGAUCCGUUAAACAGAAGAUUUUCAACAGGCUUGAAACGUGAUGUUGUAGUGCAAGUAUCGGUUCUGGCUGAAACAACCGAGAUUCAGAAGAUGUUAAAAAAUCAUGAUAUAGACGUGCAGAGCUUCAGUGAUGUCCGACCAUUUCGAGUGCAGCCUGCUAAAAUAUUGAGCCAUCUCUAUGCAAAACUCGGAAUUAAUAAAGCCAUGAAACUAAGUGGGAGGCCAUAUCGUUACAUAGGAGUAUUGGGAACGUCUAAACUCUACACAAUUAGGAAUCAGAUCUUCACGUUUACUCCGCAGUUUACAGACCAGCAUCACUUCUACCUAGCGCUGGACAGCAAGAUGAUUGUUGAAAUGCUCAGAAGUGAGCUAGCAUACUUGACUUCAUGCUGGAGAAUGACUGGAAGACCAACACUCACCUUCCCCAUCACUCACUCCAUGCUGAAUGACGAUGGCACAGACAUAGAUCCCGCUAUUCUUGCCACCAUUAGAAAACUUGAGGAUGGAUACUUUGGAGGUGCAAGGGUAAAACAUGGCAGGUUAUCCGAUUUUCUUACUACAUCAUUUUUCACUCACUUAAGUUUCCUGGAUUCUGAUUGCGAUGAAAAGCUUUUUGAUGAAAGUAGUGAAGGCUUCUCUAGUCCAGAUAAUGAAUAUGAGCAUGAACUAGGCGCAUUUCAGGUGGACCACGGUGAAAAUGAUGAAGCACUGGAUGAGCUUGAUCAGUAUAUAAACCAGUUGCAGCAAAGUGUUGGCGCUACAGCACACUUACCUUCCAUCUCUACUAACUCCUCGAAAUUCCAGGCAUUUAGUGCUCUCCAUUCUACUCGUGACAUACUCUCAUUAAUGGCCAAGUCAAAGGGCCUGGAAGUACCCCAUUCAUCUUUGUUUCUACCUGCUAAAAAUUUAAGCGGUCAUCGAAAGUCUUUAAAUCUCUUAGAGGUUCCUCAACUUAACAAACCUCAGACAACAGAGACAGAUCUAAAUUUGCCGAAAGACUCUCAUGGUAACGUGGACUGCAAGAAACUAGUGGAGCAGCUUAAAGAGUGUCCUACUCUUCAGGACCAGGCGGACAUACUCUACGUACUGUGCGUCAUAAAAGGCCUAGACUGGGACACUAAUCUGAAUGACCACAGUGGAGUAACAGUUCGCUGUCUGCUAAGCGAACUGUAUAACAAAGCAGGCCACAACCGAGAAUGGGGUCUGAUCCGCUACAUCUCUGGUUUACUGAAGAAGAGAAUGGAAGUUCUGGCAGAGGCAUGCACUAUAAUCCUUUCACAUCAAAAGCAGCUAACCGUGGGGUUGCCCCCUGAACCUCGAGAGAAGACAAUUACAGCACCUUUGCCUCCAGAUGAAUUGACUCGUCUGAUCUAUGAAGCAAGUGGGCAAGAUAUUAGCAUUGCUGUGCUGACACAGGAAAUAAUGCUGUAUCUGGCCAUGCAUGUCAGAUCUCAGCCCAGUGUCUUUGGAGAGAUGCUCAGACUGCGUAUUGGCCUCAUCAUCCAGGUGAUGGCCACAGAGCUUGCAUGCAGCUUGAACUGUUCAGGUGAAGAAGCCUCAGAAAGUUUGAUGAGUCUUAGCCCUUUUGACAUGAAGAAUCUUCUUCAUCAUAUUCUGACUGGGAAAGAAUUUGGUGUGGAACGUAGUGUGCGACCAGUUCAAUCAUGUGCAACCAGUCCAGCCAUCUCCAUUCAUGAGAUGGGACACACGGGUGCCACGAAGACUGAAAGGAGCGGCAUUAUUCGGCUACGAAGUGAAAUGAAACAGUUUCAGACGGAUAGGAGAUUUAGUGCCGAUGAUCAGUUCUUGUAUGGUCAUUCUGUAAGCAGCAGCAUCUACUCAUCGAGAUCGACGAGAUGUAGUAGUCCUUCCUCUCCUACGGGAACUAUGUCUCCUACUGCAUCCACUGGAACCCAGCUUGUUUGGGAUGAUCACCAAGGCCAGUGGCUCAGAAGAAGGAGGUUAGAUGGAGCCAUCAACAGGGUGCCUCUCGGGUUCUAUCAAAAAGUGUGGAAUCUUCUCCAGAAAUGCCAUGGUUUGUCUAUUGAUGGAUACGUCCUUCCCUCGUCAAGCACAAGAGAGAUGACUGCUUAUGAAAUCAAAUUUGCUGUACACGUCGAGUCUGUCCUCAACCAUGUUCCUCAGCCGGAGUACAGACAGCUGCUAGUGGAAGCAAUACAUGUACUUACAUUGGUAUCAGAUAUGGAUGUUGACAGCAUUGGUGGGAUCAUCCUUGUGGAUCGUAUUGUGCACAUGGCUAGUGAUCUGUUUCUUCAGGACCAGAAAGCCUUGGGAGCUGGAGAUUUUUACCUCGAUCAGGAUCCAGCAACUGGGAUCUGCAAUUUCUUGUAUGACAGCGCUCCUAGCGGUGCCUUUGGUACAAUGACUUACCUGACCAAGGCUGUGGCCACUUACUUGCAAGAUUUUUUACCAAGUUCUAGUUGUAUGAUGCAGUGAAACGUCAGGGUUAAAUAUAACGUUUUGAACCAAAUACUGUAGAUUUGCUUCAGCUACACGAAUGCCUUGUUUUUGGUCUUGGUCUCGCUUGUUAGCAAUGUAAGAAAUUCUCAUUUGUUACUGCAAAAUUACAGGCAAGUUAUUCCAGCUGGAAUUUUUUUAUUAUAGUUUCAGCUGAAAACUGUUCUUGUAAGCAUUGGGAGGUGGAAAACCAGAAUUUUACUAGAAAAAAUAUUCACAUAAUAUUUUAUUGUAAUAUAUAGAAUAUUUUAUGAUCUUAGUUUAUUAUUAAACUGGUUAAUAUAUUUUUGGUUAAUAUAUUUAGACCUAAUAAAAGAAUCCUUGUUAAGUAGAAGACAAGAGAACCUUGGGUUUCAUGUUGUACACAUAAGUAAUACAGUAUAACUAGUAAUAUUAUUCUUAUACUUUUUUCACUUUAGUUGGGUCACAUAAUGAAUCAUUUCCAACUAAAAUUCUCUUUUACUUUCCUACUAUGGGUGGAGCUUAAUUAUUGUACAACUUAAUGUGGUGUUUCUCAACUCUCCCAGCAGUACUCCCUUUAUAACUAGUGAGCAGGGAAGUUAGUGACUAGGGAGCCGUUCCUUCUAAACUGGGCAGUCCAAAGCAGCAGAAAAUAAAUAUAGCCUAUAGUGCUACAUAAUUUUCCAUAGAUUAGCUAUGGAAGUUGACUGGUUUAUGGUAACAUUCCUGGGGUCUAGAGCUUAGAAGGUAUUAACGUCUGCAGCCCUAGUGGUCUAGGUCAGUGACUGGAUUAAUGAUGGCAACCCUGAUUCUCAAGGGUAUUAAAGUGGUUAAUAUCUGCAUCUCUGGUGGUCUAGUGCAGAGAAAGGGUUAAGGUUAUAUAACUUGUGUCCACCUCUACAGGCUCUAUCAUUGUCUGGUGAAUGCAUCCCUGGUGGUCUAGAAUAGUGGGAGGUUUUGUCAGUAUCCCUAGUGACUUAGGGCAGAGAAAGCGUUUACCUGAUCCUCUAGAGCAGAGAAAGGGUUAAGGUUACAUGACCUGUUUCCAGUGGGUUAUUCACUACUCCAGGCUCAAUUAUUGUCCCUGUAGUAGGAAGACUGAGACUAGAUUAGGGGUUAAUGUCAGCAUCCCUGGGGGUUUAGGGUAGUGAGGGGGUUAAGGUCAGCAUCCCUGGUGGUCUAGUGCAGAGAAAGGGUUAAGGUAACACAACUGGUGUCCAAUGGGUUACUCACACCUCCAGGCUCCAUCAUUGUCCCUUUAUCCUCUUACACAGACUGCUCCCUAUGGCCCCUUCACUGUUACACAGACUGCUGUUAUGCCCCACAUAUCUUGCAGACUGCACCCGAUGCCCUCUGUCUUAUGCAGGCUGCUGCCCAUGAGCCCCUCUCUUACACAAACUGUUCCCCAUGGUCCCUACUCUCUCACAGAGACGCAUGUCUAUAGCCAGCGGUAUAAUAUUAAAUGGGUAUAGUGUCUUGCUAAAAUGAUUUACACAGGGCAGUUGUCAGGAACAAAUGUUAGUAUGAACGCUCAUUCUUAACAUUUGGCCUGUGUAAAGGUGCCGCAGAUCAUAUGAGCAAAAUGCUCCUUCAUCGGGUGAAAUCUAUGUUUCUGGGCAGGAGAUCAUGCUAUGUAAACAGCGAUCUGUGGGCCAGAAACAAUAAAUCUGUAUGAGGACUAGCGAUGGCAGUAGCCAUCACUCAUCUCCAUACAGUGGAGGUGAUUGCUGCAUCCUCCACUGAUGAGCAGGCAAUUAUUGGGAAGCCAUGGUUCACGAUAAUUGCCUGCUAUAUCAGGUCAUGAAUAUGUGCACUAAGCCUUACCUAGUUCACAUUAAAUGUUUUUUUUUGAGACUUUACUAUUGAUGACCUAUCCUUAGAAUAGGUCAUCAGUAUCUGAUCAGUGGGGGUCCGACGCCCAGGAUCAACUGUUUAAGAAGGCAUCGGUGUUUGCAGUAGUGCCGCAGCCACCUCUCAGCUUUCCCUAGGUCAUUUGACAUCCCGUUCA